GUAAGGGCAGGUAGAUGGCCUGGCACUUGGGAGAUGGGGGAUGGAGGUAUGCUCUUGGGAGCAGGCCUUCAGCUGAACCUCUCCCAUGGGGUUGGGAGGAUCACCAAGUGAUUAUUCAUUAACAGUUGCAGACCCAAGCCUCCAGGCUUUGGAGUGAGGGUGGGGAUGGCGGCGGGAGCCAAGGGCUGGCAUGAACAUUCGUGCUGACCAAGAUGGUUGACCACAGACUUUGCAAGCCCUGAAUCCAAUUAAGUUGCAAACAUGCUUUUCCUCAGUCUUCCCAACUGGUUGGAAAACUCGUGGGACAGGAAUCGGGUCCUGCCGUGCUUCGCUAGCCCAGAGGCGACACUCAGUGCCUGUGUUGCCUCUCAGAAUCCUCGUAGUUUCUAACACAAGGGUGCAUGAAGUUGCAUAACUUCUAAAAUGCUCCUGGUACGAAGACUCUAUGAAACAAGAAGAAACAUCCAAGUGCUCGCAGCCAGACUAGUACAUAAGAAGAGGCUCCACAGUUAGACCCUGGAGGCAGCUCAGAAGAGGACGAGCAGAGAGUCCGCAAUGAUCCCCUAAAGACCAGUGUUUUCCGGAUACCCGAGGAAGGGUAAACAUCUUUCUUUACCUCCCCUCUUGGGAACAAUGGGCUUCCUACAAGGUCCCAUUAGUGAUGUUUUCUCAUGCUUCUGUGGACUCAUGGAUGCUCCCAGGCUGACUGAUUUGGAGUCCUUCACAGGGUAAUUCUCAUGUAUGUAAAGCCCAGUGUAAUGAGGCAAUGAAUUCCACAAAUCUCAGGCCUUGGGAGCAGAUGAAACCAUGACAAGGAUGUCAGCGUGGAAGCAGCAAUGCUGUGGAUCAGCACCUUGAAGCCAGGAUUUUAAAGACCGGGCCACUAGAAUUGCAGUCUGAAACCUGAAGUCCCAUCGCACACUCAGCACCUUUCCUGGUCCUGGGCUCAGGCCUUUGUAACAUGCUUAUACGUGUGUCUUUCUUGCUGAAUUAUACAUGUAAUCUGGGCUGGAGCUGUUUUAUUUACCUUUAUAUUGCCCCCAACAUUUGUCAUAGUGCUUUUCUGACAGUAUUUAACAACUUUAAAAAAAUAAAUUAAAAAAAAAUUUUUUAAGGUAAUCGACACAAGGCAUGGCUAAUAAUAGAAAGCUUCAUGAAGAUGAAUUUUAAGUCAGGUGUCAGAGGGGCCUCCACGUUGGCACAGCGGGGAUGGGGGAGGUCACAUGGAUCAUCUGGGGAAUAAAAGAGGCUUUGCUGAUGUUGAGUUGGGGAAAAAAGGGAGUUAGUGUAGAACCCAGGAGAUCAAAUCUAGUUACACGUUGUUUAUACACCGUGGGAUGGUUGAAAUUCACGUUCAUGCUGACCAUCUCACUUUCUUCUUGCAGCCUCAUGAGGUGAGGAAGGUAUUCAUCCCAUUUUAUAGACGAGCAAGCAGAAAUUCAGUAGGUUAUCUGAAAUCAAGUCCUGAACUCUUUCCUCUGUGAAGCGCUGUUUCAUUUUUGUAAUUGUCUGUGCAGAGUAGAGGGGUGGUAGGUGGGCAUCGAAUGAAGGAAGAGGAAGACCAGGAGCCUUUCGUGAAAAGCCCCUACCUCUUCUCAGGGAAGCUGCAGCCUUGAGCAAAUAGGGAAGAGGCAUGCUUUGAGGUGGGGACAACAGCAGACUUCCUCAAAACCAACACUUGAGUCAGCCAGGCUUAGGCACCACCCUGCAAGUCUCCCACUCAGUGUUGGCCUACAGACCCAGCCUGAAGGAUACAGAUGAGCCACUGGCCUGUGUGGGCUUCACCUUCACUUGCUUGGCUGUGCACACUUCCCUGGGGGUGGUCUUCCAAGCAGAGCCUUCUUAAACAGGAUUUUCGGGUUGAGACUUCACAUGCGCUAGCUCAGUGGAGGUGAUGGGGGUAAGAGUGGAAGGAGGUGAGGAACAACAUCCUGGGUAAAGGAGGUGGCAAGAGCCAGGAUGAAGAGGUGGAGGGUCGCACAAAGGGGGAAACAGGGAUGGAUGGAGAUGCAGUUGGAGACAUGGCGGGGGUCAGGUCAUGGAAAGGCUACACCUACGAGGUGUAGAGCCUUACUGGAGUUGGAGAGCAUGUGGUGUCCCAGAGAGGGGAGAGCCUGAGCAGGGGAAGAGACAGGGAUGGAAGGGACAGUUUCAGGAACAGUCUUAGGUGUCAGGGCUGUGUGACUAAUGGACUCAUGCUCAUAUUAAGUACUCACCAGGUGCCAGGCACUGGGCUAAAAGCUCUUGAUAUACAUCGUAAUGAAUUCUAAUAGUGCCAUGAGGUAUAAAAGAUUACCCCCAUUACUAGAUGAAGAAAUCGCAACUUAGGGUGUUUUUAGCAAACUUAGAUUGGUGAUACACAGCCUGUAAACAGCAGGGCCAGGAUUCAGCCAGGAUUUCUGGUCUAUUUGACUCAAAAGCCUUGCUCUUAACCACCUUGCAGCCACUGCCUCCCCAUGGUGGGGUUAGGGAGCGGGGAGGGCCUAGGAUCACAGAUUUCUUGCAUAGGUAACUGAGGAAACGGGAGACAGACAACAUGGGAGGAGAAGCAAGUUGUGGGGAGGAUGGGUUCAGUGUUGGACUCCAGUUCAUACCGGCAGGAAGAGCCACGCCAGUACCCCCAAUGCCUCCAGUACUCUGCACCACCCCCAGACUACACAUUGGCCUUAGAACACUUGGGGCUCUGUGUUCUGACUCCUGGCUCCCAUUCUCCAGGACAUGGAUGGAGUAGGCUGUCCUAUGAGGAAGCCCACCACCCGGACAACACCCUGCAGGGAGGCCAGGCCGUGAGGCCUGUGGAGGUCAAGGGCUGCGGCUGGCAGGCUGUCUAGUUCUCAUGAAGCGGCAGGUGUUGACGAAGAGAGUUAGGAGUCCGGCCCUUUCCCCACAUGGCAAACUACAGAGCACGGCCUACGGGCCAGAGAAAACAUCAAAGAAAACCUAAGAACUUCGAGCCUUCUGGCAAGGAGCUGGAACUAAGUGUUCUGAUGACAGCAGAAAGGAGGAGACCAGACAGCAACGUCUCUCUCCUCCCACCCAUCCAACCCCCUCAGCACAGCAGCUCCUCAAACUCAGGGGACGCUCCCUCCUCCCAGACUGGUCUUUGUCCAGAGAGCUCUCUAGCCUCUUCUCACCUUUGGGCCGUCUUUGGCCUUGGCGGGAAGAAUUCCUGCCCCUGCUCCUGCCCCGCUCGUCUUCCAGCCCCCCUCCUUUCUCCAGAGCAGUCAGUCAGUCGUAGUUCAGCCCGUUCCUUCUGUCCCCUUUGCAUUUUUUACCAGAAAGGUUGACCAGAGCUGGGGAUAAUCGGGAAGAGUCGCUCACCCAAGAACCAGUUGGACCUCUUAUUCUCAGGAAGAAUGGCACCAGCUGUGGCCCGGCUCCUGUUUCUCCAGCUUGUUAUAGGGCCAACUUUGGUUGUGGACAUCAAGGUGCAGAUUGCCAUCAAGAACUUCCGCCUAUUACACAUCGACUAUCCCCGGGUUAGCUACCCAAAGGGUUUCCAGGGCUAUUGUAAUGGUCUCAUGGCCUAUGUGCGGGGCAGAAAACAGAGCUGGUAUUGCCCCCAAAUCCAUUAUAUGGUGCAUGCCCCCUGGAGAGAGAUCAAGAAGUUCUGCAAGUACAGCGAUAGCUUCUGUGAGAAUUACAAUGAAUACUGUACACUCACAGAGGACUCCUUCCCUGUCACGAUCUGCUCUCUGGCCUCUAGACAGCCGCCCACGAGCUGCCACUACAAUGACACCCUAACCAACCAAAGGCUCUACCUGCUCUGCUCUGGAAAGCAUGAUGCUGAACCGAUAGGUAUCAUCGGCCUCUACUAGGAAAGGCAGGCUUUCAUUCUGAACUGCCCCCUACUGCCACCACACACCAGCCUGUCCCUACUCCCAAACCUCUGAUCCCUGGUAUAAGGCUUCCUCCCUGACUUCAAAGGCAGGCAGGAUCCCCUCCCAAGAGACCAGAGAGGUAGGACAAAUGUCUCGAGCUUCAGUCACCAUGCAAAGUCAUACUGCCUUGUAGCCUCUUUCCAACUUGUUUACCUCCUUUCUUCCCCUACCAUCCUCCCUCUCCCACAGACAGUCUUACCCACCCAAGAAGCUGACUGUGUCCAGUUGGCAGUGACUGUCCAUCCACUGGGCCAGAUCCUGAUUCCUGGAUGGAGGCCCAGAGCCUCAGCUCACACCAUGGCAACCGGCACCCAGUUCCACGUCUCAACUCCCCAUCCCCACCACGCUUCUCUUCUCAGCCUUCCCCAUCUCCCUUAGGACUCUCCACUCACUCGCCUACACAGAAGGUAACUUUAGCUACAGGGACCUCCCUGGGACCCUUAGACUCAUUCUAGCCUCACUUCUCCAGAAACCCCCUCAGGUCCCAAUCUGCUCCUCUCUAUGAAAUCACUGACCUUCUCUCCACAUCACCUGUUCUUUCCUUUCUUCUCUACCACAGAGCCCAGGGUAGUCGCUCCCUGACAUUCCCAACCUCCUGUAGUCACCCUGUCUUCCUUUCUCUGACCCUUUUUUCUUCCAUCCUCCUCAUUGUGGCUCACUGGAGUUUCAAGUUACCUUCUCUGACCUGUUCCCUCCAAGAUUACUGCAUCCUUUUCCUUCCCAAAGCUCCUCCUGACACCCCCCAAACUCCAAGAUCUCCUGCUGACAGGACAGGGAUGAGGUGAGCCUGGCUGUAGUCAUGGAAGGUUUUAAAACCACAUCUGAGUGAUGUAAGAUAUAACCACUGGGUGAAACUGGGGUGAAGGGUAUGUGGGACCUCUCUGUACUAUUUUUGCAUCUU